AUUAUGGAGAAAAAAGAAUCAGACGCAGAUAAGUGGUUAAAGCCAAAGAAACGUCCUCAGAUAAAUGUAGGAAUGGAAUUUCAAGCUUGAAUUCCCGAGUUAUCUCCUCCUGUAAAUACUAAAGAAGAAGGAAAGAAAGAAGUAACUGAGUGUCAAGAUCAGGAAGAAAAAGCAAAACCAAAAGUAGAUGAUAGAUGGAUGAAACCAAUUCAACAUUCAGAAGGACCGAGGAUAGGUGAUCAUUAUCAGGCAAUAAUUCCAGAUAUGAUACAACCAAAACCUUCUUUAGAUAUCCCAACCUCAUCAGGAGUUUCAGAGCGAAAAAGAGAAAAGGAAGAAGACGAAGAUUUAUAUGGAGGAGACUUGAAAAGACAGAAGAAAGAUGAAUAGGAUUCUAUUAUUUUACUAAUUAUUACCAACCAAAAGAAAUAUUUUGGC